AUGGAACAUUGUGAUCAUUGUAGAGAAACCAUAAAUGAAAUGUAGACUCUUGAAAAGUAAGUUGAAAGCAUCAAAAAUUAGUUGGAGAUUGCAGAAACCCAAGUGAAGCUUUUACGAUAGGAGAAUGAACUUUUAAAGAGUAACAUUAAAAAGCCUAAUAAGCCGAAGCAUUACAAUUAGAGUAUGCAAAGCGAGAUACAGAAAUGCUAUUAGGAGAUUGCGAAAUUGCAAGAUAUUAUCAGACACAAGGAUGAAAUAAUUUAAAAUCAAAUUCGAAAUGACGACAGUGUUAGCGAUAAAACUGAAAUCUAUUCCAAGCAGAUCGACAUGUGUAGAAAGAAAGUCAAAUUUUGA